GCCCGCUCCGCCGCCGCCAGCGCGCUCCGCUCCGCCGCGAUCUCUGCCCUCCACCGCCGCCAAGAUGCUGCUGUUGCUGCUGGGGAUCAUCGUGCUCCACGUCACCGUGCUGGUCCUGCUCUUCGUCUCCACCAUCGUUAGUCAAUGGCUGGUGAACGGAGGGCACACGGCAGACCUGUGGCAGAACUGCACCACCGGAUCCUACUUCCACUGCCUGGCAUCCUCCUCCAACGAAUGGCUGCAGUCUGUCCAAGCCAUGAUGAUCCUCUCCGUCAUCUUCAGUGUCCUGUCACUGUUCCUGUUCUUCUGCCAGCUCUUCACGCUCACCAAGGGCGGCAGGUUCUACAUCACUGGAGUCUUCCAGAUCCUGGCAGGGCUGUGUGUGAUGAGUGGCGCUGCCAUCUUCACAGUGAGGCACACGGACUGGCACCAAGCCUCGGAAAACACCUCCUACGGCUUCGCCUACAUCCUGGCGUGGCUGGCCUUCCCCCUGGCCCUGGCCAGCGGCAUCAUCUAUGUCAUCCUCCGGAAGCGCGAGUGACGCUGUGGGAUGUGGCCCGGUGUGACAGGGGCAUUGGCGAUGGCCUCACAGGAGACAGAGGCAGGGGAGAAUAGACGAGAAAACGGAAAAGAAAAUUAACAGCAACAACAACAACAACAAAAAAACAAAACAAAACAAAAAAAAACCCAAAAAAACCAAAAAAAAAACACCAAAAAAAACCAAAAAAGGGAAUAAACCCUCUCAUCCAAACCAAACCCAACCAACCCCCAGAGGAAACACUCAAAGAGUUCCUUGUUAAUUGAAGAUGUAUAUAGUAUCUAUGGUUUAAAAAACCUAUUUAUAACACUUUUUACAUAUAUGUACAUAGUCUUGUUUGCUUCUGUUGACCAUGUGCUGUUUUAAAGCCUAAAGCAAGUGCCUAAGGAACUCUCACUCCUAACAGUGUAACAAGAGCAGUGAUUUUUCUCUCAUGCAAAAUCCUCUUUGAGCUGAACUCUCCUGCCCUGUCCCAGCCCGUGUUGCUCCGUCAGAGCCCCCAGGCCUGGUUUUAGGCUGGCACGUAUCAGUCACACCUGGUCCCGCAGCCGGAGGGCUGGGCUCUGCUCCUGCCACAAGCUGUGAUCCAAAGGGCACGUCCAGAUCUGAUGGGAGACAGACGCUUCCAAAAGGUUUGAAGGAUUUCGGAGCAAAGGCUUUGAUUGCCCCAAGUGCCUAAAUGACUUAUGUGCCUAAAUCCCAUUGCCUUGCCACCACGCCCGCUGGGAAUCCGGGCUGUUAAAUCACUUAGGUGGAGCUGCAAUCCAGCCCGGGCUGUCCUCCCUUGCUCGGCUGCCGGGGUUGGGCUGUGCCGAGCCGAGCCCUUUGAAGUGCUGCUCCCAGCCUGGAACAUGCUCUGUCCUUGCCACGGAGCUAAACUGCCCUGAGAAAGCAGCCAGCCCAGUCUGUCCCUGAAAUCCAAUACCAGAUGUAUGAAAUGGUGCUAUCUAUUUGCCAUUCCUUACCCUGCUAAGCCAUUUAACCUUAGUCACUGGAAAGUCAGUUGAGGUAAACAACCAAGCUAGAAAUGAGAAAUAAUUCUGCGUACUAUAAAUGAGCUAUAACUGCUUUUGUACUUAGAUUUGCACUUACUAUUAUUUUUAAUAAAGCAUUUAUAACCAAGAUUACUUUUCCACCUCUGUGGUGCAGAGGAACAGAAGCAGCUCUGGCUGGAGCCCGUGGGGCUCUGGCACCGGAGCGAGAUGUGAGUCCUCUGUCUGUCAGCAACAAGUCUGGCCAUGAGUGGAACAGGCACCAGCACAGACCCCAGGCUGCCUCUGAGGACUCCAGACACUGUUGCUUUUUUUGGUUAAUUUUGGGGUUUUUUGGGGUUCUACUUUUUUUUUCUGCUUUGCUUUUCUGAUUUUAUACCGACUGUGUGGACUAAGAAGCAAUGAAAUAAAAGUCAGAAUAACUCA